AUGUAUACCUACCAUCUCAACAAAUUGGCUCAGAAAUUCGCUGAAAUCAGAAGACAGGACAUGGCCAAUGCUCAACGGAAAUUGGCACAAUCGAGAGAUUGCAUUGCUCACAUUGAAAAUCAAAAAAUGGUUCUGGAACAGAAGAGUCAAGAAGAAGUCAACGAAUUGUUUUCUGCUGCAAUAGGAUCCACUGGUGCUCCAAAGAAGACGUCAACCAAGCCGGAUUACUCCAAAUAUAGAAUUGUCAAGCGAUCCAAGUCUUCAAAAUCUUCAACGCCAACAUCAUCAUCGUCUUCUUCUUCGUCUUCUUCUCCGACGUAUUCAACUCUCUUCAUUCUCUUUCAUGAUUUUUAA